AUCUGAUGUUUUCACAUCAUAGCAUGGUUAAUUGCCCAUGUAUUUAGAUAUUAAUUUGUACAAUUCGAUUAUAUAUUUUAUAGUGUGUCAGGAAAUAAAUAAUGAGCCAUAUAGAUCAUAUAUUGUUAUGCUACCAGUAUAUAGAUUUCUACUUCGCUAUAUUCUGAAUGAAUCAAACAUUUUACUAGUUAUGGCAUUAGAUUUCUUUGCAAUGAUUCUACUUGGCCUUGUCUACGCUGUUGUCAGGUGGGCAGUCAACCAUUAUCGAAGUUUAACAAACAACAAUGAAAGUGGAUCUUCUACGUUUAGUUUAUUUUGUUCUGCGAAAGUUGAUUGGGAAUGGGUUGAACCAAUGCAAGUGGGAGAAACAAUGACAUUCAAGGUUAAGUUCUUUGGUUUGGCGGGAUUACCACGCAGCAUAUCUGAUGUAAAAAAUUUGAAAAUUGAAAUAAUGAAAAAUUCAUUAACAAUUGCUCAUGUUGAAGAAUUAGUUCAGAAUGAACAACCACCACAGGAAGGUGCAGAUGCUCCGGUUUUACCAAACUCAAAUUUAAUGAAAGUGUCAUUCACAGUACGAGCGAGUGGAGUAUACACAAUAACUAUUUAUGAAGAUGGCAGACUUAUAGCAGGAAGUCCUCAUAAAAAAGUGUUCAUACCUGGUCCUCCUGUUGCAUCUAGAACAACUUUAAUCCGAACAUUGAAUUCAUCAACUGUUUUACCAAUUACACAAAAUCUUCCUCAUGUGUUGACAAUAGAACCACGGGAUGAGUUUGGGAAUACUUGUGCGAAUCGACUUCAUCAAUAUGAUUUGAGAGACAAAUUGUCUUUGAUGGUGUCGGAGAUUGGGGGAGAUGAAGAAGAUUUUAUUAUUCCUGUGAGUACGGAUUUACGACUUGCAAAUGACACAAUUAUAGUGGAUUUAUUUGUUCCAAUAUCUGGUUGUUUCCAUGCAGUUACUACAUAUGAAAAUGAAAUCAUCAAUAAUGGAGAAUUUGAUCUUGUGGUUUUAACAGAGGAAGAAAUGGAAGAAGUUCAAGAAAAUGUUGAAAGGCGAAAUUUAAAUGUUUGGUAUGAAGCAAAAUUAUUGGAUACUUCACAUGAUCAAUAUUCAAGUCCAAAAGAGAAUCGAAGUUCUUUAUUUUCGAGAACAUUAUCUAUGGGAGAUAUUCCUGGAUCGUCAACAUCUAACAAUAAACCAUCACUGUCAGCAUUCAGGAGUCGUAGAAUUUUGUCUUCUACCAGUUCUGUUUCUAAACCGAAAUCAGUAUAUUGCUAUAUAACUCCUAAGCAAAUAGUUGUUAAAGAAUUUUACUUCAAAAUAUUUCCAAAACGUUUACAAUCUUUCAGAUUAUGUCAAGCAACAAAAAUCACUGUGUUAUCUCCAGCAAAUAAAAGUCCUUCUCCUGUGAUUAUGAUCAAUGAUAACUGUCAACCCGCAUACACACUGUCAUGUCCACUUGCUUAUAUUUUUAUAGCAACUUUCAUCGGUAUACUGAACAAAAAUAUUGGUGGUUCAGAUUCAUAUGAAGAAAAAGUGAAAUAUUUUCGACAAGAACUUUCCUCAUACCAUAAAAUAUCAAGGUUUUCUCGAGGACAAGUAUAUUUAACAGUGAAACGAGAGCAACUUCUAUAUGACUCGUAUAAAACUACAAAGCAUCUUUCUGUAAAAGAUUGGCUCAAACAAUUUCAAAUAAAUUUUGAGGGUGAACUCGGUAUUGAUUGGGGAGGAUUGAGUAGAGAGUGGGUGACUCAACUAUGCAAGAUUUUGUUUAUUCCCGAUCAAAGUUUGGAUGAAAGUAGUAGUGGAGAUUCAAAAAUCGACGGAGCAGAUAUGUUUAAACGAUUGAAAGAUGACAAUCAAGCACUGGUUCUUCCCAAUUCAAACGCAACAUCCGGAUCGAAAUUAAAAUUUUUCGAAUUUGCUGGAAAACUUGUUGGAAAGUGUUUGAUUGACAGUUGCUUUGAACGAGAGCAAAUCAAAUAUGUGACAGCUAGAUUUGCUCGAUCAUUUCUUGCUCAAAUAAUUGGGCUAGCUGUCACUUUUAAGCAUUUUGAAAGUGAUGACCCUGAAUUAUAUAAAAGUAAAAUUCGAUAUAUCAUUGAAAAUGAUGUUUCUGAUUUUGAUCUAUAUUUUUCUGAAGAAGAGUAUCAUUCUAAUGGGAAACUUUCACAGGUUGUGCCUUUAAAGCCCAAUGGGGCAAAAUUACAAGUAACAAAUGAAAAUAAAUUGGAAUAUCUGAACAGGCUUGCCCAAUAUAGGUUGUCCACUUCAAUAAAAGAUGAAAUAGAUGCAUUUAAUAAAGGUCUUAAUUUUCUUGUACCUGAUCAUUUGUUGAGCAUGUUUGAUGAAAAUGAGUUGGAAUUACUCAUGUGUGGAUCAAGUAAAAUCGAUGUUCAAGAUAUGAAAAAAUAUUGUAAUGUUGAAAACAGAAGCCCAGCUUUUGUGAGGACUUUGCAAUGGUUUUGGGUUGUUGUAUCAAGUUUUACUCAAGAUGAACUUGCUAUGCUGCUGCAAUUCAUCACUGGAUGCUCACAAUUGCCACCAGGUGGAUUUGCAGAUUUAUCACCAAGAUUGAAGAUUUCAUUUUUGUUUUAUCAAAGCAAUAUUCUUCCCACUGCACAUACAUGCUUCAAUGAGCUUUGUCUUCCAUUGUAUGAUUCAUAUGACAAACUACACAAGAUGUUGAACAUUGCUAUCAAAGAAGGAGCUGUAGGAUUUGGAAUGAUUUAAGAAUUGUUGAAAGAUGUUUUCUUUGUUUCAAAUAAGCUUCCAAUUUCUUAGAUUUAACAUUUCAGUUAAUCCGUAACUCGUUGGACUUGCCAGCAUGAGUAAUUGAUAAGACUAUGGCCAUGAAUCUUCUUUUGAACCUCAUUAUUGUAGAAUGGAUUUCUCAGUUUUCACCCGCUUGUAAUUUUAGGAUUUACAUAUUUAUCUCUAAAUCCGUAACUCGUUAGACAUGCCAGCAUCAGCAAUCAGUAGGGCUAUGGCCAUGGAUCUUCUUUUGAACUUAUUUGAGGAAUAACAAAGAAUAAAUCAGGAUUUUUCCUGCAGCGUUUAGCCCAGAGAAGGAACUGUAUAGGACUAACUCGAUAAUAUGGUUAACAAUAUACUAUUGUCUGGUUAUUAGUUCAAGUCAAGAAUACAAAAUAAUCGUUCCUGAUGCAUGGGCUUGAUGAUAGUCUGAAGUAAUAAUAUAUUGAGAUAUUUAUGAUUAUCAGGUGGUUCUUAUCUCUGCACAUAUAUGAGUGACUGGUGUUAAGACCUUCCAGUCAGAUUAUUGACUUAUUUUUGCUGUCUGAGCAUGAGUUGGUAAUAUAAGUGGUUUUUGAUAAACCAUUCAUUUAUGGUCGCUCAAAAUGUAAUGUUUUGUGAUUGAACUACAGACUUGCCUGCAAAAUUCGCAGGUGGUUUGAAUAGAGAGGUUGGUGUUUGGUAAUUUUUUUAGCAUUGUCAUCAUGAUAAAUUCUGUAUAAAUGCUUUUACUUCUAUGCAUUGUUGUUGUUCACAAUUUCGUUAUGCACUUUCCUUAUAUGUGUUAGCAAUGUAAAACCUUGUAAUUAUGGAAAAUGUGAUCCUUUCAUCUUCAAAAAUUUUGGCAUUGUGUAUUUUCCUUAAUAUACUGGAAUUUAACAGUUAUUGCUACUAGGAUUUUGUACUAUUCAAACAUGAGCUUAUUACUUAUC